AUCAAUGUUCAGAAACGUAAAAUCGAUAGUGUUGAGAAAACAGCUUAAGUAGAAGGUUCGUAAACCCUCAGUGAUCGUCUCUUUCAUCGGCACGUUUCGCACACGGUGAGUACGAAGCAAACCUUUGGCAUAGAGAUGAAUCUAUCUCAACCCACCUUGUAUGCUCUCAGAUUAUCUGUGCAACAGGGGUCCGUUUCGUCCGCAUUCCGUAAGAACAUGCUGGAACGCAAUGUUAUCAAAUCAGCGUAUAUCCUUGCAACUGUUGGCCUCUCUAUGAGCAUAUUUUCUGUAAAGAAAAUGUUAACCUCUAAACAUCGAAGCCGCUUAUAACAAUUUACAUAAAAUCAGCAGCAACAAACCAAUUUUAAGAAAAGAGGGGAAAGAGAUAGCAUACAAAGCAGAAGAAGAAGAAGAGGAAGAGAAAGUCUUAAAAAAGUUUAUCAUAUCCGCGUUAUCAUUUAUGAGAAAAAUUUUCAUUGGAUUUUAAUCCAAAUCGAAACAUCAUUUGAUUAUAUUAUAUGCCGAAAAUUAUGGAUCUGGUAUUAUUGAACUUAAUAUUUUAUAAUUAGUCUACGCUCGUGGUCCAUUUUUUUUGAACAUUGAAGUUCCAACGAAGUACGUUAAUCACAUUCGAUUUAUAUGUGAUAUCGUAUUUUAAUCGUUAUUAAAAAAAAUAUUUAAGCAACUGUCGGUAUAAUUGAAGCUAAUAUGAAGAAUUUUAAACAUAUAUAUUAUAAUCCAACUUAAAUGAUACGAAUUAGUAAUUUAUCGUAUGUUCUAAAACUUCUUAUACGUUUAAUCGAUGUGCCAUGUAGUCAAAAUAUAAAGUCACUUCGUCCGUAAUAUAUAUGUAUAAAAAAAUUAAUAUAAUUCGACAAUUUUAGACAAUUCUAAGAACUCACUUUGAAAAUGUUACUCUUUAAAUGUGAAACCAUAAAAUCAGUUCAUCAAGGUUUUAUUACAAUUGUUGCUGCUACCAAGUCACGGGCGUUGAUGACGAAGUUGUUGAAACGCAACAUUGUAUAAUUGUAUAGAUUGUAUUCAUUUUGUCGUAGUCAAAUGAUACAAAUUCUUUGCCACACAAAGUUCAAUGGAUUUAAAUUUUCUUAUCACCUAGUCCCAACAAUUUUGCGUUCCCAUAAAUGUAGUGAUGUUCCUAGACAGGUUUACCUCGUCGUAUUUAUGGGUAUGUUAUCCUGUGACAUUGCUAGGUGUAGUUUCUUCGCAUCUAUGACGUAAUAAAAAGCGACAGAAUCAUAUUUAUUAUACUUAACGUGUACAUUUAUUUAUAAUUAUUAUACAGUCUCACACUCGAUAUUUCUUGUCGCAACGUCUCAUCUAUAUACUCCCGCACUCGUUCUUUCAAGCUCUCGAUUUUAUCUCGUAUUCUCGUAAAAGAUCUCAUCC